GCCGCGGCUCCCGGGGUGAGCCCGAGCUCGGCGGGCGGCUCGCGGCGCCGCGGCCCCAGAAGAGAGCAAAGUUCCCCGCUGGAGCGCCGAGAUGCCGGGCAGCGACACGGCGCUCACCGUGGACCGGACCUACUCAGACCCGGGCCGGCAACACCGCUGCAGGAGCCGGGUAGAACGCCAUGACAUGAAUACCUUAAGCCUGCCCCUGAGCAUACGCCGUGGGGGGUCAGACACCAACCUCAACUUUGACGUACCAGAUGGCAUCUUGGACUUCCACAAGGUCAAACUCACCGCAGACAGCCUGAAACAAAAAAUUCUAAAGGUAACAGAGCAGAUAAAAAUUGAGCAAACAUCCCGCGAUGGGAAUGUCGCCGAGUAUCUAAAACUAGUUAACAGUGCGGACAAGCAGCAGGCUGGACGCAUCAAACAAGUCUUUGAGAAGAAGAAUCAGAAGUCCGCUCACUCCAUCGCCCAGCUGCAGAAGAAGCUAGAGCAGUACCACAGAAAGCUCAGAGAGCUCGAACAGAAUGGAGCCCCCAGGAGCUCAAAGGACAUUUCCAAAGACCGCCUGAAGGACAUACACCACUCUCUGAAAGAUGCCCACGUGAAAUCUCGGACUGCACCCCACAGCAUGGAGAGCAGUAAGUCGGGCAUGCCCGGGGUGUCCCUUACUCCCCCCGUGUUUGUGUUCAACAAGUCCAGAGAGUUUGCCAACUUGAUCCGGAAUAAGUUUGGCAGUGCCGACAACAUCGCUCACUUAAAAAGUUCCUUAGAGGAGUUCAGGCCUGAGGCGAGUGCCCGGGGAUAUGGGGGCAGUGCUACCAUCAUGGACAAACCCAAGUACGGCAGCGAUGACGAGUGUUCCAGCGGCACGUCCGGCUCGGCUGACAGCAAUGGG